AUGAACACCACAUUAGCAAUCGCGUUGCUCGCCAGUCUGCUUGUUCUAUGUUCCAACUCGGGAUCGGCGCAUUAUCUCCGCGAGAAAUGCGGUCAUAUUCGCGAAGAUUUUUCCGCCUCUGUGGGUCCGUGGACUGCUCUACUGCACGAGAACGGAACCAUCUUUUGCGCCGGAACACUGAUAACUGAUGCAUUCAUACUGACUGCAGCGAGCUGUAUUCGAGAAAACGACGUCUACGUUCGCUUGGGGGAGUAUGGCAGAUAUGCCACUGAGAUCGCGGAGGAUCACAAGGUUCAAAUGUCGCUGAGGAACCGACUUUUCAAUAGAGAAUCGCUGGCCAAUAACAUCGGUCUGCUGAAACUGACCAAAAGAGUGCAGCUCAAAGAGUACAUUAUGCCGAUUUGCAUUAUCCUCGACCCGCAGCAGCAGCAGCAGCCAUCGCAUUCGCAGUUCAUCGGAAAUGCCUGGACGCUGGACAGCGAGGAGUACCUCACCAAGGAGUUCGGACCCAUUGCCAUCCAGCGUAAGCCGGAGAGGUGCCCCAACCUAGACUUGUACACCCAGUUUUGUGCUGGCCACUCGGGCAAUUCGGAGUCCUGCGACGGCCUCAUGGGCUCGCCACUGAUCCAGAACUAUAGGUAUCUGCACAAAAAUCGACACGUGCAGUUCGGCAUUGCUACUGAGAGCGACAUGGAUUGCCAGGCGACGCAGGCUUACACCGACGUGUUGAGGUUGUACUGGUGGAUCCAGGAUGUGUUGUCACUGUUCGACAAUCGUUUGUACGACUAUAAGCCUAAGCAGAGCUACGUUGUAGGCGAUAAUGUUAAGACAAUCGUCUAA